CGCCUUUAGCAGUUUUGACCCCUUCGACUCUCCGUAGCACAAGAGGAAGUAGAAGCAGCGCGGGUUGCGUAUGAACAAUAUUUCGCGGGAGAGUAAGUUAACUAGAGCCAGGCUGUCUGCUGUCAACACAGACAAUAACAGUUACUGAAUUCAUAACGAAAUGAGUUUGUGGGUGGACAAAUAUCGACCGACUUCCCUCGGGAAACUCGACUAUCAUAAAACCCAAGCGACACAGCUGAAGAACCUGGUUCAAUGUGGCGACUUCCCUCACUUGUUGGUGUAUGGGCCAUCAGGCGCGGGGAAGAAGACCCGCAUCAUGUGUCUGCUGAGGGAGCUGUAUGGAGCUGGGGUGGAAAAGCUCCGCAUAGAGCACCACACCAUCGUGGCUCCCUCAAAGAAGAAAAUUGAGAUUAACACAAUAGCAAGUAACUACCACUUGGAAGUCAACCCAAGUGAUGCUGGAAACCAGGACCGUGUGGUGAUUCAAGAGCUGAUUAAAACUGUGGCUCAGUCUCAGCAGAUCCAGACAAGCACCCAGAGAGAGUUCAAAGUGGUGUUAUUAACCGAGGUGGACAGACUGACGAAGGAUGCCCAGCAUGCUUUGCGUCGGACAAUGGAAAAAUACAUGUCCACCUGCCGUCUCAUCCUUUGCUCUACCUCCACCUCCAAAGUCAUUGAUCCAAUUCGGAGCCGUUGUCUGGCUAUCAGAGUUCCUCUGCCGAGCACCGAAGAGGUCUGUAAUGUUUUGACAUCAAUCUGUAAAAAAGAGGGUCUGCUCCUCCCACCUGAACUGGCCAAACAUAUCACUGAGAAGUCUGGUCGCAACCUCCGCAAAGCGCUUUUGAUGUGUGAAGCCUGCAGAGUGCAGCAGUAUCCGUUCUCGGCAGACCAGGACGUCCCGGAGACGGACUGGGAGGUCUACCUCAGAGAAACCGCUAAUGCCAUCGUCAGCCAGCAGAGCCCUCAGAGGUUGUUGGAGGUUCGAGCCAGGCUGUACGAGCUGCUGACUCACUGCAUCCCUCCUGAUAUCAUCAUGAAGGGUCUGGUAACGGAGUUGUUGAGUAACUGUGAUGGCCAGCUGAAGACAGAGGUGGCUCAAAUGGCAGCCUACUACGAACACAGACUGCAGCUGGGCAACAAAGCUAUCUACCACCUUGAGGCCUUCACUGCCAAGUUCAUGGCCAUCUACAAGAAAUUCAUGGAAGACGGUCUGGAUGCCAUGAUGUUUUGAUCGUGAAUGGACCUCAAUACAGAUACUUUUCUUGACCCCAGUUCAACAGCCCUCGUUGACAUCCCGAUAUCUUGCCCCAGUGGACUUGAUGCAUGCGUGAUGGUGACAUUGACGAAACGCCGUCUUACAGUUUGUGGCUUUAUUUCAGAGAUUGUUACCCAAAACCUCAGCACUGUUCAAUGUGUGUAAACCUUGAACCUUCUCUCUAGUGGUGUAAAAUAAUCCAAACAGCAGUUUUGACAGUAGCCGGCAAUUAUUUGUAUUAAAAUAUGCUGCAAUCGCAAGAGAUGUUUUCUUAAAAAUCUGCAUCAGAACAUUAAAAUGAAUUGCUUUGUUUAUUAAAAUAAAGUUUGGUGUUGCUCUCUG